CUGCCGGCUGCCGAUAGUAGCUUGAGACUUGAGGAAGACUUUCGGUUCUGCUUGAAGGUAAUCGCUUUCCCGCGUGACAUGUACUAUCUUGGUCCUACAUCUCCUCCUUGAACAUCAUGUCUGGGAACAAGUCAUUCAUGCUCAGUGGAGUCUUGUCUACGUCCUUCACCGACAGACCGAUUCCGGAAAUAACUGAUGAUGAAGUCCUGAUAGAGGUCAAGAAGACUGGAAUUUGCGGCUCUGACCUACACUUCUACGUUGAAGGUAAACUGGGUGAAAAGCUCGUAACAGAACCGAUUGUUCUGGGCCAUGAAUCUUCUGGGGUGAUUGUGAAGGUCGGACCGAAAGUCGACAGCUCAAGGGUUGGCGAACGAGUCGCCAUUGAACCGUGGACACAUUGCCGUAUCUGCGAUCUUUGCAAGUCCGGAAGUUAUCAGUUGUGUCUAGCUUGUUAUUCACCAAGGCGCGGGACCUUGUCGCGUUAUUACAAGGUGACGAGUGACCUGGCGUAUAAAUUGCCAGAUAAUCUCAGUUUUGAAGAUGGGGCAAUGAUGGAACCGUUAGCUGUUGCCGUACAUGCCAUAUCGUCCAUCGCCAAGAUGCGCGCAGGACAAAGUGUCGCCGUCUUCGGCUGCGGACCCAUAGGUCUUCUAUGCAUGGCGGUCACACGGGCCCUCGGUGCCUCACGUAUCCUCGCCAUCGACAACAACCCAUCCCGAAUCGAGUUCGCAAAGAAGUACGCCGCAACAGACACAUUUACGGUACCUGAAUUUCUUCCAAAUGAGAGCAAGAUGGACUACUCGAAGCGAUCGUCUAAACUCUUGAAGGAGAUGCUUGGCAUGUUGGAGAAAGGGGGGAACGAAGGCUUUGACCUCGUCCUAGAAGCAACCGGUGCCGAGACGUGCAUCCAGAUGGGUAUACUUGUAGCCAAGCCCGGAGGAACCUUUGUUCAAGUUGGAAUCGGGAUUACUGAAGUGACCGUUCCUAUAACCGUUCUUUUGACGAAGGAGCUCACUAUGAAGGGUACUUCACGUUAUGGGCCCGGUGAUUAUCCGCUUGCCAUUGCCCUGGCUUCCUCGGGAAAAGUUGAUCUGACGCCUUUAGCAACGCAUAGGUUCGAAUUUGACGAUGCCGUUGCUGCAUUGGAGACAACUCGAGCAGGCAUAGAUGCACAAGGAAAUCGCGUGUUGAAGACCUUCAUAUCGGGUGUAACGGCGUAGUCCUCACACCUCACGAUUCCCGCAAAGCAAA